GGCGAAAGGCAAGGCUGUGGGAUUUCUUCGGCGGAAGGAGGGCGUGGCUAGCCCGGAGGCGCGGAAUCUGUCUUCCGGCGGGAGUUCAAGGCGGGGGGGGGGGGUGGAGGCGGCUGGUGCUGGUUCUGCUCCUCCUCCUCCCCACGCGCUGCACGUCUUAAAUCGCGAGGCUUAAAAUAGCGAGGGGUUUGCACGGCAUGGAGAAACUGCAGCGGUUGGUUGUUUAGCUUGCCAUUCGCACUGGCGCUGCCUGAUUGGCUGUGGAGCUGGAGUGAGCGUUGUCCGCCCGCCCUGCUCCAGGGAUAAAAGGAGGGAAGGCAGAGCGCGCCCGCAGGUGAGGCUCCACGAGGUUCUUCUUGGUAGGUGUGCGAGCCACCCUGGUGCCUUCUUGCUGCCUGUCUGAGGCUGGCGCAGGGCUUUAUGCUGCGGUGGAGUCCCUCCCAGUAAUAAGACUAUUGUGAUGUUUUAUUUAAAUGUAAAAUUUUAAUUAAAAAAAAUUAAAUGAUGCUUUUGCUCGCAUGCCCUCCCAUUCUUUGAUGGGUCCUUUGGGGCAGGGCCCUUCUCUGUCACAGCAGGGGGAAAUGAAGGCAGGGGAGAUUUAACAGUGGUAGCCUGAUGCUGAAAUGGGAGAUUGGGUAGUUGUGAGGUGAGACGGGGUGGGUGGGUUGAUGCUUCGUGCUUGUUGGUAAGCGGUGCAAGCAACUUCAUGUCUACUCACAAGUAAGCCCUACUGAAUGCAAUUAAAAUUAUUCUUAUUUAAUGUUUGAUAUUUUGUUAGGUUUUUUAUAUAUGCUCUAAGCUGCCCAGAGUGGCUGGGGAAACCCAGCCGGAUGGGUGGGGUAUAAAUAAUAGUUAUUACUACUAAAGUGGCUUACUCAUAGGAAAGUAGUUAGUUAGUCCAGCCUUCCUCAUGUAUAGAAUUGCAGCUGGCCCUCAGUGACGAAGCAAAUGCAAUUUGACACUAGUAAAUUACUUUAAUUACUCUUAAAUUAGUUGCAAAUAGAUUAAAUUGUUAAUCAUAUGCAAGUUUAAUUAAUAUUUUUACUAAAUCUACCACUUCCUUAAAUUUUGAAUGUGCCCCCAAAACUCCAUAGAACAUUAAUCAAUUCUCCAGGAAUAUUAAUGGUUUCAUUGAAGCAUAUUAUCAAUGAGUUAAAUUUCAUAUAAUUAUAUGCAUCAAAUUUAGAUUGUUGUUCAUUUUGGCUAUUGGCAUCACUGCACAGUCUGCUUGUUCAGAUGCAUGUGUUCUGUUCUACUUUGCAUGCAUAGGAGCAUCUGUCUCAUGUACUGGGACUCUCCACAGUACACACUUACUUGGGAGCCAGGCUUAAACAUUUCUUUUGUCAAGUGUGUGAGAAGAACAUUGUGGUGGCUUGGCAAUAACCAAGCAUUUGUUCAAGCUAGGUUGACUUUUAUUGUUGUACCUGGCAGGGCACAGGAUGCAGAACUAGAUGGAUUCCCCACCCCCAUCCGAUCCAGCAGGGCUCUUCUUGUUCUGUUAAAUCUCCCAAAUGCAGAAGGAAGGGCCAUAUAGCUCAGAUACAGAACACCUUCCUUGCAUGCAAAUGGUCCUAGGUCCAGUCCUUGGCAUCUCGGGCUGGGAGAGACCUUGGACAGCUGCUGCCAGUCAGUGUAGGCAGUACUGAGCUAGGUGAACCAGUGGUGUGACUUGGUAUAAGGUAGCUUUUGCAGAAACUCCUCUACUGUAAAACAGAGGUAAGAACUUUUAUUCCCCAGUGGUUCCUGGAGAGCAUUCCUGGAAUGGAGUGACGACUCCUCUCUCAGCUGACUUCCCUAUCUCUUUGUUGUUUAGACUGAUACACCUUGGAUUGCACCAGUUUAGACUGAAACACCCUGUUUUACAUCAUCAUCAUCAUCAUCCUCCUCAUACUUCUUUCUCAUGGAUUUCAGGAAAUAAGUCACCUUCAAAAUAUCCUCUUGAGAGAACAAAGGAGCAGCAGCAGGCCAGCCAGAGCUCAGCUGGCAAGGAGUUGCCUACUAGAAAAAAUAACCAAUAAAGUGAAACUGACACGGGGACAAACAGAAGAAGACGCCUUUAUCACAUACACAGCCCAACAAGACAAUGACAAUAAUCCACCAACAGCAUACAAAUCAAUAUGGCUAACCUGAUCCAAAACACCCACCUACCCCACUCACACGAAAACAAAGAUCACCACAGCCAAUCACAAACAAACAACCACGCCCUAGGCCAACCCCAACCUCUCUCACCACCAAAGGAACACAAGUGAACAGCACAAGCAAUGCUGACACCAAACCCUACAUACAUUAAGCAUAAUAGAAACAUCGCCACCCGACCCCACCCCCACCCAUCUUCCCUCCCUCCACUCCUUUUUUUCCCUCUCCCCCUAAUGUCUCAACAAAUGAAAUGGAUUUGUAAAAAUGUUACAUGGAAAAAAUAUGAGAGACAUUACACUUACUUCUGUAAAACAAGAAAAUCUUUAAUAAAAAAGAAAAAGCUGGCAAGGAGCUGGAGGGCAGCACAGCACAGGUGGGCAUGAGAGGCAGGCAGGCUGUGGCCUGUGGGGUAGGACCCAGGGUAGGAGAGGAGGGGGCAUUGUUACUGUUGUAAUUCUUUGAAUAAGAGAAACAUAACAAGUAUUUCCAUUGUUUUCUCCAUAGAGGAUCCUUUGCCGUUCGUAAGUGUAGUCAGGAUGUCUGCAGAACCCCAGAAGCAGAGGAGGCUGUCAGUGUAUGGGGCAGAGUGUAUCCAAGCUAAUAAACAGCAAAAUACACAGGUUUCCAUUGCUACUUUUCUCAUUCCUCAGACCUCCCUCGAAGCAGACCUGGUAUAUGGUUCAAUUAUUUGUGUUGCCAAUGUAACAUUGGCUAUAUUAUAGCUUAAUGUUGGCCAUAUUAUACAGUCAGCAAGGAUCUAGACAGUUAUCUGCAAAUUGAUCCUGCUUAUUUGAGGCAUUUUAUUUGAUGUUAUUACAGUCUUCACCUAUACUAAUUUUAUAAUUAAAUAAUAUACAUCUAAAUAUGUCAACGUAGAAUACAGUGCGGCUAAAUACGUAACUACCAGAUUUUGCAAUCCAAAAGCUUGCUGCAUAUUUCAAAAUUGCUUUUAUUUCCUAAGAAUUAAAGCAACCAAUCUUUUUCUAUUUAAUAGCUGAGUUCAUAUUUUGUGUACUACUAGGACUCCUUUUAUGCAGGUUACAGCUGCGGAGUUGGUGCACACGUAUCACACUGUUAAACACAACUUCAACUAUAACAGUGCUAAUUGUGCAUACGAACUGAACCAGAAGAUACUGCAGGACCGAGCUAUAGGAGAACAAAAUAUGAGACCUUAAUAAGGGAUGUUCUUGAGCCAAAAGUUGUUGAAGAUAUGGUGAAAAAGUUGAAAUCUGAAAGUCCCCUCUUUUUCUCCAUUCAAACAGAUGCCUCCAACAAGGGAAACAGAAAAACAUUCCCUCGUACAGUGCAGUUCUUCACUCCUGAAAGUGGAGUCAUGAACAAUAAGAUUGAUUUCAUCGAGAAUCCCAAGGGAUCGUGGAUUGCAUACACCACACUUUAAGAAAACUGGGAAUGCUGAAUGGAAACUUUAGUAUUCACAAUUUGGUCUACACAGUGUUGAAGAAGGAAAAACAGAAGAAGAAACAACCCUUUGUUGGUACUGCAAGGCCCAUAUUGUGCAUAACAUGGCUUUCAGUGGAACCAUGUCUCUGCUCCUGCUUCAUUAGGCUUGUUGUGGAUUUUCCCAGACUACUCCUCACUAGCUGAAGCUAGACAUAAAUGCAGGAGUGCAGGAUGAGGAAGACAGUUACGUUGUGGAGGUUUAUCUCCUUUUUUGCAAUCACAUAUUGUCCCUCUUUGUAGAUACUGUUAUGAAGCUUGAAGCCAAUAACACCACCUGCGUAGAGCUGUAUGCCAUUAUGUAUUCCUUUAGACCCAAACUGGCACAGAGACAUGAGGACCAGUUCUUUGGAGACCUGACCAAAGUGAAGCUGCAGCGCCUUUCUCCAGUUGAUGCAAACAGGGCAAUGGGAGAAUUCAUUUUAUUCAUUGAGACUGCCAUUUCAUUGAGAAAUGGUUUGCUUUUUCAAAUUGCAACUGGCUUUUCUACCUCCAGCCCCUCUCCCUCCAGGAUAGCAAGUUUAUCUAGAGACGUUGAAAAGGUCAAUGAAAAUCUCAGCUUCACUACCAGAGUGGACAUGGAUAAGCUGUAUGAUGAAAGCGUAACAGGCAACUGCAUUCUGGAGCAGCUUUUAAAGGAUGCUCAGUGAAAGAACAAAGAUGUGGCUGCAAAGUGGAUGGCUAUAUUUACAGCAUGUGAUCUACCCAGUUUGCCCUGUGGAGUGGAUUUCCUCCAUGAUGUUGAACAAAUGGAGUAAUGUUCAGAACUGGUGCUCUGUGGAACUGAUAAAAAGUGAGAUCCUGAUUUCUCUGAACUUUGAGCUGCCAUGUGCCGAAUUCCACUCUUAUUUUGAAGGACAAAGCACUGCUUAAUGCAGCAAGGAGUGGCAGAAAGUGGUCAUGGAAGGUGAAGUGGAGCGAGACAGACAGAGACUAUUGUCUCAAAACAGAGGGACUUCUGGGGCCCUUUCCACAGAAACAGAGAUAUUAAACACCAUGUUAAGUUGCUUCAUGUUGGUUUGUGUCAAACCAAUUACAAAUCUAAUGCUUUUGUUUUUCUCCAUUGAAUAAAGCACUGUAAACCAUGUGUGCCAUUGUAAUGACCUUGAAGUCAUUUCUGCACCAUGUAUGGCAAUUUUUAGUGCCCCAGUUCCCCUGCCCCAUCCCUUAUUUUGCCUGACCAAAGGUGGCAACCCCAGCAUUAGUCCAAGAUGCUCUGGUUCCAUUAAUUUUAUGAAAGCUACAUUUCUGCCUGUUUCCUCAAACUGGGGAAGCCAGAAUCCUGUAGGCACUGAUGACCUAGAACACUACAGACAAUCCUAAAACCCUCUUUUGCGGGGAGAGGGGCAGAGACUUCCAUUAGCAGUUUGAUUCUGUAGGUAGCCCAAGAUAUUCUGGCAGAGGGAACUGCUGAAAAGUGAGCCAGGUCAACUGCAGGGCAGGCACACACGGGAGGCAUGGAAUGCAAUUAGCUUUUUAUUAACAGAAAACAGCACAGCAGAGUUCUCUGGUUUGCCUUAAUCUGGUUGAGACAUUGCUGAAACUGACCGCUAGCUCCACCCUUAUCCUCCCCAGCCUUUCACUCUGGAUCCCUCCCAUGCAAAUGGAGGCUGCAUUGAGUGGGGUGAGCUCCUCUGUGCCUGUCUGGCCUGUACAGGACUCUAUUCGAUUGGGGGGGGGGGGAGUAGAGCCAGUAGGACUGUGGCUGUCCUGCUGCUGUGUAGCAGGGCCAACCUCUGACUCCUCUCUGAAUCUGCACUCACACCAUGACUGUCGGCCUCUAACCCUGUCCUGGAAGGCCCUCUUCCUGUCCUCCCCCAUCACUCAGACCCUGCUUCUGGCACCUCCUAGCUGGUCCAUUCUGCAGACUGCUGUUUAGUGUACCACCACCAGGAUCUGGGAUCUGAGUCUUUUGUGUCCUCCCUGGGGGGCUCUUGGGCAGGCGGCUCCCACCACUCUUCCUAAUCCAGGCAGCCCUUGACAACUGGGCAGACCAUCCUUCUGAUCGCAGCACGGAGCUGCCGGUCGGACUGCUCUGACUCUUGUGCCACCUGGCCGAAGGAGCAACUUGUGCAGAGUUUAUUUCUGCUUUGUUGUGGAAUGUACAUAUAGAUAUAAAUAGUGAGGCCAGUUCAGUCUGUUGAGGCUGGGAGGAGGACUUCCCUGCCUCAGGGCCCUGUUUCAGCCAAUCUCCACCUGGCCCAGGCCGGCUAUAAGAACUGCGGCUGCGGCUGCGGCUGCUAACCAGCAAGGAUGAGGGUAUUUUGAGGGAAGUUUUGUUGGGAGUUUUUGCUCUUGUUACUGAUAUUAACUGAGAUUACUGAUACUAACUUUUUGUAUCUUCAUUUUUAUGUGGAAAUUGUUCAGUUUGGUUAUGUAGUUUUUAAUAUGCUUUAUUUUUAUGACUACUUUGUUAUGUUUAUAAUUAUGAAAAUCUUUUCAUCUUGUAAGCCGCCUUGAGCAUUGUUUUAACUGGAAAGGCAGCAUACAAAUAAAAAGUGGUGGUGGUGGUAAUUGCCAGUUUGGGCAUGUGAGUUUUUGCUUUGGCAGCUACAAAAUGAGAGAAGGGUUGAGGAAGGAAGGAUGAGGAACUUGCAGGCCCCAAACAAAGAUUUGGGGGCUGACAGAGAAUUAUCAUGAUGUGGGCUUAGCAGAAGCAAGGCUGAAGGGCUUAACAAGAAGGUGUGCAAGGGCAGAAGAGAGCUAUAGCUCUUGAAUAGAGUUUUUAGAGUUCCUUUCUGCCAAGGAUAAGUGUAAGCCAAGGUCUGUGCCAAGGUCUUCUUUUUGUAAACAAUGGAGGGCUUACAAUUAACUUUCCUCCGCUCUUUUCACACGUGGUCCGCACAUUAAAGCUCUGCGUCUGAACACUCUUAUUUUUGUUUGCCUCAAAGCUUUCCCUGUGAAAACCCACCCUUUAUCAAUCUGCAAAAAUCCCAAGUUGAGAUUUGCUCUGAUUCCGCUUGAAAGAGUGCGAUUUUGCAGGGAAAGCUGGGAGGGAUUAAAGCUCAGACCUCUACCUGCAAAAAGCGGGGCAAAAGUUAAGUUGAAAAGUCCAGAGUCUAUUUUAUACUAUCUGUUUAUUUUUGUAUGUAGCAUGACUGCCACCCUGUGGCAUCUGAAAGUAGAAUAUUAAGUUACAUGGAAGUGAAGUUGCUGACCCAUGAA